GGCGGUGCAAUUGAACUGCAACCCAACAGGAUAGACUUUCGUUCACUCAAAACCCAUUCAUAAAUAAGACAUUGCGAAAGGAUGAAGCGCAUUUACAACGGUUGAUUUUAAUGUAGAUCUGUGUUAUUGGGUCCUGUUUACGGUCGAAUGCAACGGAAUCGUGGCGGCAAUAUAUUAAUAGUCAGCGAAAUUCACUCGGGGUGAUGCGGCGGUAGGAGAGGAAAAGUGACUUCCGAUUGCUGACCCCCUCCCGCGAUGGUUAUGACUUUCUGUGCGUGCCACCAGGAAGCAUAGCUUAUUUUGUGUUCGGAACGGUAGGCAACAAACCCCAGUUCUUGUCUUCCAUCAUCUGAAAGUGUUCGUCGUUGCUUAGAGUCUUAAACGUAAAUGAUAGGUUUUCAAUGUCUGCCGCCUUCAUCGUUCCGGUUGUAUUGAAAGUAAGUGGACCAGAAAACAACUAAGAUUCCAAUGGAACGGUGAGUUAUGGCAGCUAAAGAAGAUCUCUACACCAAAGUCACCCCGCGAAGACAGCGCCAGAACAGACCGGGGACUGUCAAACAUGGGUCAAAUCUGGACGUGCUUCUGUCCAUGGGUUUCGCCAAAACCAGGGCGCUAAAAGCUCUGGUUUCUACAGGGGGCAAGAAUGUUCAGGCUGCUUGUGAUUGGCUGUUCUCCCAUGUGGACGACCCAUUCCUGGACGACCCUCUCCCCAGGGAGUACGUCCUGUACCUGCGUCCCAGCGGGCCUCUCCUCCACCAGCUGUCCCACUUCUGGGAGCAGAGCCGCGUCACCUGUGCCAAGAACAAGGCUCACAACAUCUUCCCCCACAUCACGCUCUGCCAGUUCUUCAUGUGUGCUGAUGGGAAGGUGGAGGCUCUGUGCGAGGCCCUCCAGGCCACCGUGAGCCGCUGGAAAGGGCGCUUCCCCGCCCCUUUCCCCCUGGAGCUCUACACCUCCUCCAACUUCAUCGGCCUCUUUGUGGAGGAACACAUCGCCGAGGUGAUCAAGUCCUUCGCAGCCGACUUUGCCACCGAAGCGGAGACCAAAGCUGACGUCCACGUGGAGCCUCAUAAGAAGCAACUCCACGUAACGCUGGCCUACCACUUCCAGACCAAUCACCUUGCGGCGCUGGAGAAGCUGGCCAAGGGCGUCGACAUCUCCCUGGGCUGCGAUUGGCUGGCGGUGCUCUUCUCUCGGGACAUACGAUUCGCCAAUCACGAGACCCUGCGUGUCAUGUACCCGUACGUGCCUCAGAACGAGGACGAGCUGGAGCUGGUGUCAGGGGACUUCAUCUUCAUGUCUCCGCUGGAGCAGGGCAGUGCCAGCGAGGGCUGGGUGUACGGGACCUCCCUGGGCUCUGGCCUGUCCGGCCUGCUGCCCGAGAACUACGUGAGCCGGGCAGACGAGUGCGACACCUGGGUCUUCCACGGGUCUCACUCGUUCCUCCACGGUGCCUUACCCUCCAACACCGGAGGGGCGGUCGGUGGGCUCCUGUUUGACGGACAGUUGGAUGGCCGUCUCCUUGACGAUCACUUGGAUCCGACCAGCCUCAGUGUUCUCUGUCCUCCUAUCCAGACGAUGACACCUAGCUGCCAGUCUGGUCUGGCUAAGAGGAGACUGUUUGUGUGUCGUCAUGGCGAGAGGAUGGAUGUGGUGUUUGGGAAACACUGGAUCACUCAGUGCUUUGAUGCCAAAGGUCGAUAUAUCCGCUCCAACCUCAACAUGCCGCUCAGCGUGCCUGCCCGGACCGGAGGCUUCCGGGAAUACGAUAAAGACUGUCCAAUCACAGUGUUCGGAUCCACCCAGGCUCGGCUUGUAGGAGAGGCCCUGCAGGAGAGUCACACAGUAAUAGACUUUGUGUACUGCUCUCCAUCGCUGCGCUGCGUCCAGACAGCUCACAACAUCCUCAGAGGCCUCCAGCUGGAGGGCCAUACUAAGGUCCGUGUGGAACCAGGCCUGUUUGAGUGGACCAAGUGGGUAUCAGGCACCACCCUGCCAGCCUGGAUCCCUCCAGCAGAGUUGGCUGCAGCUAACCUGAGUGUGGACACAACGUACAGACCUCAUAUUCCCAUCAGUAAGCUGGUGGUGUCCGAGUCCUACGACACCUACAUCAGCAGAAGCUUCCAGAUCACGCGGGAGAUCAUGGCGGAGUGUAAGAACCUAGGAAGCACAGUGCUGAUCGUGGCCCACGCUUCCUCCCUGGAGGCCUGUACGCGCCAGAUGCAGGGGCUCAGCCCCCAGAACUCCAAGGACUUUGUGCAAGUGGUCCGAAAGAUCCCCUACCUGGGCUUCUGUGCGUGUGAGGAGAUGGGUGAGACGGGGGUGUGGCAGCUGACCGACCCUCCCAUCCUCCCUCUGACCCACGGGCCCAAUCACAGCUUCAACUGGAGAGAGACCCUCCUGCAGGAUUGAUGGCCACGCCACUCCCUGGACACGCCCCUCCUUGGCCACGCCCUGCAGCCUAUCUCCGGAACAGACACAGCGUGACCGUUUCUUCAGCUAUAUCCCCCCCCCUCCCUGCUCAGCCCCUCCCAGAAUGCCCUGGCUCACCACCCUAGACACCGCGUGGAUUCACACUCUCGGGUCUGACCUGCUAUUUAACACUGUGUCCCGGCACACUGUUCACGAUGAAGGAAGAGGUGGAGGUGAUGAUGGUAGUCAGAGCACAAAGUACCUUCUAGUGUGACACGAUGGCAUCUGCAAACCCAACAGGAUGCUUCACAAACACGGCCACCCACGACGCCAGGAGAGGGGAGUGGGGGGGGGAGGGGAGUGGGGGUGGGGGGGGGUUGUGCUGCCUGGAGCCCCUCCCCGACCCCGGGAGUCUGGCACCGACGGCAUUCUGGGAGAGAAAAAAACAUGUCUGCUUUCUCCUACACUGUGACGGGAGGAGAGCUGCACAAGUCAUCCAGUCUUCCAUGCCUCUAUGUCUCUGUUUAGCUGAGUCAUUUUCACAUGCACAAACCCCUUCCCUGACUAUAAUAGAAAGCACAAAACUAGACUUCAUUGGGACAAUCAGACAGGCGAAGGCUGUGACCUCACCCGGAAACUCAUCCAUACACACCACACUCCAUUUUAGUUCAAUAUUUUGGUAACGCUUAACUUUAAGGUUACAUUACACAACUACCAAAUAACUACCCAGCAAUAGAUUUAGUAACAACAUAGUAGGUGCAUAGGAGUCGCUAUGCAAUUAAGUGUAACGAACUACAGUUCCUUUCCCACACACCUACAACAUUGUCACUAUAGGUAGUUGGCAGUGGGGUAGUUGAUGUAACCUACAGUGUUGCUAUGUAGUUAUAUGGUAGGCCAUGUAACCUUAAUAAAGUGUAGUCCAUGUUUUAGGAAUAUCUUUCAAAUUUGACCAUGGUCCCUCAAGCUUAAUUCAAACUUUAAAAUUCUCACAAUCAAGUCCAUCUUAAAACUCUCAGAAGUGUAAAAGGUUAGCCAUCCUGUUCUGACAUACCGCUGAAGUGAGACUACUGCUUUCUAAUAUUCACUUUGUUCUGUCUUACUAUGUUACUAAACAUUUAUUAAUGUGAUCCAUUUAAGGGUAACAAGUCCAUGUUUGUCAUUGUAGGUGAGGAUCCAGACGUUUUUAUUGGUCGGUGGUGUCCAGGUGGAAUGGGAACAGGAAGUGACACGAUCUUGAGAAAUGUGAAGUUACAUAUCAGCUAGUCAGACAGGACACACUUUAGACCAAUUAGACUGUCACAGAUUUCCAAACAUUUACUUUUUUGUUUCUGUUGUUAAGCUUUGUUAAACAGAUAUUUUUAUUAUAUAACUAGUUUAUAUUAUAGAGCUGUUAUACACAGUCAGUCGGGAGAGUUGUUGCAGAAGUAACAUUAGAGCUAAAUGUAUUUUAUGCGUCAUUUGAAUUCCCAACGUUUUUGUUUGAUAUUAUCCUUUUGAGCUUGACGCAUACAACACAUACACAAAUAGCUUGAACACCUAUAUGCAUCUAUUACCAUAGAGACCCUUUCUCUACCAAGUAACGGUAAUUCAAAUUCUGGUUUCCUGCGUUCACUUCAUAAAAAACUUGAAGUGAAUGCUUUUUUUCAUGUUCUUGUCUGCCACGUCAGUGUCCGUCGCUGUUUUCAUAGAUUCUGUAACAUUUCUGUCCGUCCUGUGUGAGAUUGCACUUACUGUUCCUGGAUGGAGCACGUUGAUGAUGAGGAUCAACCAGUGAUCUCUGUUCCUCCUUAACGGACCACCUUCCUUAGCGUGACAUGAGCUUCAAACUAGGGCUUAUGGAAUAGAUGGCGAAAUUGAUACGAGAUUCUGUACCACCCUCUCCGUUUUCGCUAGUUCUACCUUUCUGUCUGUCUUUUACUCCUGGUCUCUGCUUCUCUCUCUUUCUUCAAAAUCACUUCAUCCUCUCCUCAGGAUUCUCUCCUUCUUUGUACUGAACCGCUGAGCAGCUCACUACAUUGAGAUGUUGACAUGUCAGAAAUAUUUGAUAUUGAAGUUUGACAUGGGGCUUCUGUCUUCUGUGAUCAGAAGUACAGUUUAAAACCUCUUAUGACUAGCAGCCAUUCCAUGUCACGUGCUGGGGGAAAACCCCUCCUGACAUUAACAAGGAAGGGACAAGUUGGGUUUUUGUCGCUUCUGUUAGCUUGCUGCGUCUUCUGACUUGGAUCUCGUUACGUCAUGCGAGACUUGUUGAACAGUCUUCCAGCUUUCAGCUUCGUUUAAAAGGAAGACGACAACAAGGAAAAGUAACUUUUCUGUCCUCAGCUGCCUCAAGUGCAUUGCAUGCUAAAGGGGCAAAAACAAGCAAAUUGAAUAUAAUCGAUUUACUUGAAAAGUAAACUAUAGCCUACAUAAAACAAAAUUAAAGUCAAAUGAAAUUGUAUUUAAAUUAUUGUUUUAAAUGUAUGCAUUACACAAAGUAUACAAGAAUAUAUUAUAUUUUGUUGCAAAUGACUGCCUCUAUAAUUAUAUUGUUUGUGAAAAGGUCUGAUGACGAUAAUGUACUGCUUAGGAAAUAUGUAAAUUAUGUUUGCAAAUAAAUGUUUUAUCUGCA